ACGGAUUUCAAGAUUUCUAAAAAUCCUACGAUACGGAUCGUGAUCCAUUAAUAUAUCUAAACAAUCAAUAGAUAUCACGAUAUUGGAUCGUGAUCCAAGUAUCACGAUAAUUAUUGAGCGUGUAGCGUUCGCCUAUGAUCGUCGGUAUCACCCGGUACAAAAAAGAGGGAAAUGUUCAGGAAAUGUACAAAAAGUACAAACACAACUUCUUUUUGUGAAAACUAACGGUCUGGAUUUUGUGCAGAACUAUACCUUUUACCACAGAAAAAUUACAGUUGUUCCAUUGUUUUGAAUGUUUUCAACGAAUAAAAGUGGAGGAGUUAUACCAACCAAUACGCAAAAUCACCGUACCAACACCGAACAGCGUGCAAACAUCCUAAAACAAUGAUGUUGAGAAAUAUAAAUUGUUUGGCGAAGAUGUCAUACCGUACUAGGCAUAUCCACUUAACAAGACAUAAAAUGGCAUUGAGUGCUGCACUAGAAAAUUUGAUUCAAUCGAUAGAAGCCUUCAGUAAGGAGCUAGAUGAAAAUACCCACACAAUAGCCUCAACUCGAAGAGGACGACCCAAAGUUGACUUACAUUUUCAAAGAAUUGUCACACAGUUGCAAUGCUCUAAUAUAGUUUCAGCAGCAUCGAAAAGAACUGCAAUUAACAACUUGCAACUCGCACCAGCUUCAAGAAGCAUCAGUACAAACACUAGUUCAUUAAGUGGUGUAACAAAUACUAAAGAAGAGGCAAAUGUGCAAAAUGAUUCAGUCAGUAACUCUGAAGAAAUAACACCCAAAGAAAUAUAUUACAAUGAAACAGAUAUAACAGAUGAUAUUGUAAAAUUGUAUGCACAUAAAACUUUUCCGAAAGUUGUUCUCCAUAAUAUGUAUGACUUGGUAUCAAAUGAGUUUAAAAGAAGAAACUACAAAGUCACUCCUACCUAUAGAAGUAUAAAGUCCAAAAACUCAUCGGCAUGGUUAUGUUGCUAUCACAUCUACUGGCCAGUGGAGACAAAAUUUGUUGCAAAAGACACCACAAAGGCCAAGGCAUCAAAUAAGGCUGCUUUAGCUGCUUUGGCAUGGUUGAAAAAGAACAACAAAAUCAGCAGUCAGGGAAGUCCGAUGAUAUAUGACGAAGAAGAAGUGAAAGUUGCAACAAAGAAAGUUUUACCAAAAUUGACAUUAGAUGAUGAGACAAUUGGAGAUAUGCAAAAGAUUGUUAAUAUCCAUCAGAGUAAGAUGAUAGAGCAUAUAAUGGAUGGUCGUGAGAUGGGUGAGAAUGAUGUGAAAGUAGAAGAGGGAGAAGACGGGCCAUUGGCGGAGGCUGGGGAAGUUAGUUUUAGGGGUGUUAAGGAAAUGAGAUAUCUAGGAUUGGAUCAAUAUAAAACGAAAGAGAAGGUUAAGCUUCCAAUAGCAAAAUACAAGGAAGACUUCAUUGAUCUUUUAAAGUCAAAUCAGGUAAUAAUAGUCAAAGGAGAACCCGGUUGUGGCAAAAGUACAAGAGUACCACAGUAUGUUCUGGAAGCAUGGGCAACAGAUGAAGGGCUUUCUGGCAACCCAGGAAGAAUAGCUGUUACUCAACCAAGGAGAAUAGCCGCAAUUUCAUUGGCUGAGAGGGUGGCUAGCGAACGAGACGAACGGGUGGGCAGUAUAGUAGGUUACCAAGUUCGCUUAAACUCAAAAUUCGAACCUACCACAGGUCGCAUCCUCUACUGCACAACUGGCAUUCUCCUACGUCACUUUCAAUCCGACCCCAAUCUAACAAAUUUCACGCACGUCAUUUUAGACGAGGCCCAUGAGCGAGACGUCAACACUGAUUUGUUGAUGAAUCUCCUAAGGGGUGCAGUGCAGAAAAAUCCUAAGUUGAAAGUUGUUGUUAUGAGUGCCACUAUUGAUACGUCAAUGUUCAGCAAAUAUUUUGGGGGAGCGCCUGUGAUUGAUAUACCUGGGUUCACGUAUCCUGUCAAACAGCAUUUUAUGGAUGAUUGCAAGCUUGAAGUACACAAAACGAUAGAUAUGUGUGAAGACAAAAGCCCAAACUUGGUUCACGAGGAUGUUGUUAAAGUGAUUAAAUAUAUCUGUGACAAAAAACCUGAAGGUGCCAUACUUUGCUUUUUACCAGGAUGGGAGGACAUUACUAAAGUAUAUAGAAUGAUUCCAGAGAGGAACGAUUUAGUGACGUACUGCUUGCAUUCUAGACUCCAAGAUUCCGAGCAAUGGAAAAUCUUCUCCCGUCCCCCACCAGGCGUUAGAAAAAUCAUCCUAGCCACAAAUAUCGCCGAAACCUCAGUAACAGUUGACGACGUAGUCUACGUAGUCGAUUCGGGCAUUCACAAAGAGCAAAGAUUCGAUGUUGAGAAAGGCGUGAAUUGCAUAGACAAUUAUUGGAUUUCUAAGGCUAGCGCUAUACAGCGUAAAGGACGUGCGGGUAGGGUGCAGCCAGGGGAGAGUUACCAUAUGUAUACAAAGGAGAAGUAUAAGGAGUUUGAAGACUAUUCCAUGCCGGAGAUUAUGAGGACUAGUCUUACUAAGAUCGUGUUGGAUUCGAAGGUAUGCAGCAAUAAUAUGAAUGCUUUGGAGUUCAUGGUGAAACUUCCAACUCCGCCAGAAGAAAAUGCCACACUUAGAGCCGUGGAAGAUCUUAAAGAUUUGGAACUCUUAGAUGAAAAUGAAAAUUUGACAUCUUUGGGCAAAACCUUAGCAGAAUUCCAGCUUGAACCAAGUUUCUCCAAAGCCAUGGUAAACGCAGUCAUUUUUAAAUGUGUCACACCCGUCGUGGACAUAGUCACUCUCUUCUCAUCUGAAACAGAGUUAUUUUCGUCAGGUUUGAUGAACAAGGAGAACAUCAAAGCUACAAAGAGCGAUUUUUGCAGCUCCAGUGAUCAUCUUGCGAUGAUGAGAAUUUUUGAAAAGUUUUUGGAAUUUUCUGACGCCAACAAUGAAACUGGACUGAGAAUGUUUUGUAAACGGUUGAAUUUGGUGCCUCAUAGAAUGAAAACGAUAGAAAAACUUCGAAAGAUUCAUUUUGACUACCUCUUUAAUGGUCUUUAUGAUGUAAUGCCAAUUGCUGAUGACUAUUCAGAUAAUGACGAAUUGGUAAAAGCAGUUAUUUUGUCGGGAAUCGGUAAUAUUUUGCAACACAGGAACUGGGAUAUUGUGAAAAAUAGGUUGAAGCAAAAUGUGAAUGUUUUGCUAACAAGAAAUAACCACAAGGCUACUAUAACACAGGAGAGUGUGAAUUACAAAAGGAAUUGUUUCCCAAGCGAAUUUUUACUGUAUUUAAAUGAGACUAGAUCAAAUGUUCGACGAAUGACAUUGGUGAGAGAAUGUAGCCUUGUGUCACAGUUAUCAGUGUUGUUGUUUAGCAACAAAAACCUGAACAUCGAAAAGAUCUCGAGUGCUUAUUGUCUGAAGAAUACAAUAAUUCUUAAGGACAAAGCUAACUUAAAACUGAAGUAUAAUAUAAUUAAAUUGGAUUAAGUAGCUGAAUUGUAGAAUUCACACAAGGUUGAUGAUGACAUCAAAAGUGAUAUUAGCUCUGAUGAUCCAGUGAAAUUAGUGUUAGAAAACACAACCGUGAAACUUAUCUGUGAUAGAAAGGAAGCUGAGGAGCUUAUCAGGUGCAAAGUAGCAUUAAUGUCUUGUUACCGCUAUUACACAAGACAGUUGACUAAUCCACCGGAAUACAAUAAAAGUGUCAACGCUGCAUGGGACGAAAUUUUAGUUAUACUAAACAAAAUUCUCAAACGUCACCAAGUUGACUGAGAUAAUAGUAGUUAGGAUGGUUUUGUAUUCAAAGUAUCAGAGUCGACAGACAAUUUAUUUAGUUGUUUUCAGAUUAACUAUUAUAUUAUAUGGAUAUCAAACCAAAAUUUGAAUACACUAAAUAUUUUUCAGAUUUUUUUUGAAGUAAUACAUAGGUUGACAGGUAAGCCAUUAUUGCUUGAACACUCUUAUAUAUCCUAAGAGGCAUAGCGCCGAGGGAUACAAUGUGCAAAAUCAAUAAUGGCCGCCUUCACUGAGGUAUGCAUAGAAUUAUUUCACUACUAACUAUACAAUAUCAUUGCCUUCGAUUUAUUUUCUAAGAUAUUAAUAUUUUCAUUGUAUUGCGUAAGUUACUCUAACCUCUGCGUAAAUCAACGAUUAUGACGUUUCAUACUCAUUUUACAAAUAGUUUGAAUCAUCUAGUAGUCUGGUGUCAAACUGUCAAAUUCAUAUGAAUGCAGUAGGAAGCAGAGCUGGCCUGGGGACGGGCCCAUUUCAGUUUCAGAGGAGAGUAAAGUACUAGUGAUUAUUGGUUGUGUCUUUAUUUUGCUGGCAUUAAAAGCCGUUUUCCAAUAAUCUCUCGAUUAUCAAAAUAUUCAAGAAAAGCGAUACCUAAUAUUAGUUACUUUGUUGUGGUUUGGACAAUGAUCUAAACCAUUUUUUGUCUUUAAAGCUAUUUGAAAUUGUUUCCGAACAGUUUUUGUAGUACGACUGAUACAUUUUUACAAUAAACCAAGAUACAAUCUGUAAGACAUUGAGGGUUUUUCUAUUACUUUGCCUUACAUGUCGGAUUUUUGAAAUACUUUGAGAGCCUCUGAUAGAUAUUUUAGUGUAUUCGUUAUUUUGUCCAUUAUUUUUUAUUUUGGAGUUUUGAAAAAUCUUGAAGAUAGUGAUUAUUAGUUGUGUCUUUAUUUUGCUGGCAUUAAAAGCCGUUUUCCAAUAAUCUACCGAUUAUCGAAAUAUUCAAGAAAAGUUAGACCUAAUAUUAGCUACCUUGUUGUGGUUUUUACAAUGGUCUAAACCAUUUUUUUGCUUUUAAAGCGAUUUGUAAUUGUUUCCGAACAAUUUUUGUAGUACGACUGGAACAUUUUUACAAUAAACCAAGAUACAAUCUGUAAGACAUUGAGGGAUUUUCUAUUACUUUGCCUUAAAUGUCGGAUUUUUGAAAUACUCUGAGAACCUCUGUCAGAUGAUGUUGUGUUUCAUUGAGUGAAAUGAUUAAAAGUAUAGCAAAUAUGUCAAUUUCUGGUGUUUGCUUUUUUUAAGUAGCAGCCGAAAUGUGUUUUCAGUUUCAUUUCCUGAUAAGUAUUUUUCUGUUUUUGUAGUAACUCUGUAUUUGGAGCUUGCAACUGAAUGUUCUGCAAGAAUUCAAAAUAAAUGAUAAUUUA